AUGCCUCGUUCAGAUGAAGCACAGGCCUUCUUCCACGCCGUAUACUCAGCUGUGCAAGAGAUCCCAUAUGGCAAAGUCACUACCUACGGCCACAUCGCCAUGCUAGUCGGAACCCCUCAAAGACCUCGUCAAGUUGGCGUAUGUCUAAAGCACUUACCUGCUGAUGCUACUCAACACUUCAACCAUGAGAAUGUCCCAUGGCAGAGGGUCAUCAAUGCCAAAGGGCAAAUAUCUCCCAGAUCCCAACCAGGAGGAUCUCGCUCACAGGCCCAAGCCCUAGAGGCAGAAGGCGUACAAGUUGAAACCAAUGCCCUCGGAGAGCACUCAGUGGACUUCUCCCAGUACGGAUGGUUCCCAGAGGUGUUACCGUCAGAAGAGAGCGAGGAAGGAGGCGAGUGA